GCUCUGUUUUCCCUUAGUCUAUACCCCCGUCCUUCAAUUUAUUCACUCUCUUCUUCUGAUUCUAAAAUCAUCUUCUCUCCCCUUGUUUAAUUGUUUCAGAAAGAGGGAAAAUGCCGGCCGUCGGAAUUGUCCCUGUAGGGGGUGGCACUGAGUACCCCGGAAAACUUACUCUCUAUGUCCUCAUAACAUGUAUGGUUGCUGGCAUGGGUGGUUUAAUUUUCGGCUAUGAUAUUGGAAUUUCAGGUGGGGUUACGACGAUGCCGUCGUUUCUAAAGAAGUUUUUCCUGUCGAUCUACGAGAAACAGCAGAACGACAACUCGAAGAACCAGUAUUGUAAGUACAACAGUGAGACACUGACUCUGUUCACGUCGUCUCUGUAUUUGGCGGCGCUUCUUGCGUCCCUGGUGGCCUCCACCGUGACCCGUAAAUUCGGGAGAAAACUCUCCAUGCUCUUCGGCGGUUUGCUCUUCUUUGCCGGUGCUCUAAUCAACGGCUUCGCCAAAGCCGUCUGGAUGCUGAUCGUUGGCAGAAUUCUUUUGGGUUUCGGCGUUGGAUUCGCAAAUCAGUCUGUGCCACUAUACCUUUCUGAGAUGGCCCCCUACAAAUACAGAGGGUCUCUGAACAUUGGUUUCCAAUUGUCCAUCACAAUCGGAAUCCUAGUUGCCAAUGUGCUGAAUUAUUUCUUUGCAAAGAUCAAAGGCGGCUGGGGAUGGCGGCUGAGCUUGGGAGGUGCAAUGGUGCCUGCCCUUAUCAUCACCGUGGGAUCUCUAGUCCUCCCGGACACACCAAACUCCAUGAUUGAACGUGGUCAAACAACUGAGGCCAAAGAGAAACUCAGAAAAAUUCGUGGUGUAGACAAUGUUGAUCAGGAGUUCAAUGAUCUUGUUGCGGCUAGCAAAUCAUCAAAGCUUGUGGAACAUCCUUGGACAAAUUUACUCCAAAGGAAGUAUAGGCCUCAUCUUACCAUGGCCAUCCUAAUCCCAUUCUUUCAACAACUAACCGGGAUUAACGUCAUCAUGUUUUACGCUCCUGUUUUGUUCAAUACAAUUGGGUUUAAGAACGAUGCUUCGCUCAUGUCUGCUGUGAUCACUGGUGUUGUUAACGUUGCGGCGACCUUGGUCUCCAUUUAUGGUGUUGAUAAGUGGGGAAGAAGGUUCCUUUUCCUUGAGGGUGGAGCUCAAAUGCUAAUCUGCCAGGCUAUUGUGGCUGCUUGCAUUGGAGCUAAAUUUGGAACUGAUGGAGACCCUGGAAAUUUGCCCAAGUGGUAUGCCAUUGUUGUGGUGCUUUUCAUCUGCAUUUAUGUUGCCGGAUUUGCCUGGUCUUGGGGACCUCUAGGAUGGUUGGUGCCUAGUGAAAUUUUCCCGUUGGAAAUCCGGUCAGCAGCUCAGAGUAUCAAUGUUUCCGUUAACAUGCUUUUCACAUUUGUGGUUGCUCAAAUUUUCUUGCAAAUGCUGUGCCAUCUGAAGUUUGGUCUGUUCCUCUUCUUCGCAUUCUUUGUGUUGAUGAUGUCCAUCUUCGUAUACUUCUUCCUCCCGGAGACAAAGAACAUCCCAAUUGAAGAGGUGGCUCUAGUAUGGAAGUCACAUUGGUACUGGUCACGAUUCGUCCAAGACCUUGAAGUCCCUAAUGGAGGCUUAGAAAUGGGCAGAGGAAAUAUAAAGACUUUCUGAUCCAUUGUUGGUUCUCUUGUUUUCCCCUGUUUUUGGAUUGUUUGCUUUUGGUAUUAGUCUAUAAUAAUACCCUAACGCACAAGUUCUCUAUGGUUUGCUAGUUUGCUCUACCAAAAUUUCUGUACAAAAAAAAAAAAAAAAUGGAAUUGCCCAUGACUGAGUGAAACUAAUUCAACAGGCCAAUUGAUUUACUAUGUUAUGACAAUGACAUUGUGAUAAUUCAAUUACUUUACGUUUGAGUGGAAUCAAUGGAAAUUUCAACUGUGAUAUAAUUCAAUUCCACUUCAUAAAAAAAGGGGAAAAAGGAAAUGCAGACUCAAGUUUCUACUCGCAAAGCAGACUCAAGUUUCCUGUUUCUAUGCCUAAAGGAAGCGGCCGGGGAGGCUACCUGCACUCUUUCUCCUUUACGAAACCAUAAAGCUUCAAGCCCACGUUCGUUGUCUCUUCAAUUUAGCAGAAUUUCACUCAAGCAGGGGGGGCGCAGCUUCAUUAGAUUGGGCCAUUAGAUAUCACCAGUCAGUAGUCACUAGACUCACAACCUUAUUAAUAGAUCUCCUCACUCUAA